CCUAGGCAACAUUUUAAAAAUAAUUUUAGUUUUAAGUUUUUCAUCUAAUAUUUGAUCUUUAUUUUAGCUUUUUCAAUUAACGAAAAUUCAUAGAUUUAGCUGACAAUAACUAAAACUAGUUAGCAAAUAACAUUUGUGUGUGUGUGUGUGUGUGAAAGAAUUAAGUGCAAAAAUAAGCUUUUACAUUUCUACUUCUCAAUUUUCUAUUAACAUUAUUUAUUAUUUAAAGGAUUAUUGUCAAUGAAAAACAUUUACAUGAAUUAUUCAGUGAAAAAUGCUUAUUAUUUGAUCUGUAAAAUCCUCUCAAUCUUUUUUUUGGGGGGGGUGUUUGACAACUUCAUUCAUAUUCAAAACAUUAUUGAUUUGAUACAUCUUAAUUUAUAGCCAACUGUUGCAUUUUCUGUGAUUUACUCUCAAAAGAAUCAGGCAAAAACAUACUGCAAUCAAACCAUGUCUGAAAUCUACCUGCUUCCAAAUGUUUCAAGAUUUCCUCUUCACCGUGUUAGGUCAAUGUCUGUGAUAUUCACAGUUAUUGUGCCUUGUAGAGCAUGGCCACGCCCAUAUCCUGACACCUGGCAUGUGAUUGGCCAGUAUCCUGAAUCCCAGCAACAGCUCUUGGGUGUCUCCUCCCCCUUUUUGUCUCCACAAAGAGCUCAGCGCUGAAUGAAGUGAAUCAGCCUCAGACUGCUAGAAUAGUAAGAACCUUUUCUCCCCGUCUGUCUCUCUCGCUCUCUCCGUCUGUCUCUUCACUCCCAUCUCUCCCUCUCUCUCUCCAUUUGUCCUCCUCUCUCUCACACACACACACAGACACACGGCAUUAUAUGCUAUCCGUCUAUCCAUCCAUCCAUCCAUCCAUCCAUCCCGUGCACAGCCCAGUGAGGGAUCAGCUAGACAGAGACAAGCAACAGAUCAUGUUCUCAGAAGCAGAUCCAGCACAGCUCUGAGACAUCAGCCUCUGAGAUGAGACUCCAUACAUCCUAAUUCUCUGUCCUGAAGACCUGGACAGAAACAAAACAAAACAAGGACUUUGCAGACACCAAAAGAAGUCUGGACAUUAUAUCUUCACAGGAUUCUUGAACCCAAACCAGGUCCACAGGGACGUACGAGGGUGCUUCGGCGUUUGUUUUUCUCUCUUUUUUCGUGGCUGGCGAAGGGGCCGGUGAAAGUUAGCCAAGACGCCGCGUGCCGUGCUCCGCGUGAAGAAUGCCCAGGCGCGCCUGCCCAAGCCUGUGGACACGGCGCCGGCACCCACGCCGGGCCUUUACAUGGAGCGGUCACAGAGUCGCAUCAGCUUGUCCGCGUCCUUUGAGGCCCUGGCCAUCUACUUCCCCUGCAUGAACUCCUUCGAUGAGGACGAUGGCGACCCAGAGGGCCGCAGGCUAAAGAGCAUUCAGAGGAGUACAGAGACAGGUCUGGCCGUAGAGAUGCCCAGUCGUACGGUCCGGCAGGCGAGCCACGAGUCCAUAGAGGACAGCAUGAACAGCUAUGGCUCAGAGGGAAAUCUGAACUACAGUGGAAUGUGUUUGGCAUCAGAUGCUCAGUUUAGUGACUUUCUGGAUGGGAUGGGGCCGGCUCAGUUUGUGGGGAGACAGACACUAGCCACAACUUCAUUGGGAGAUGUUGAGAUCGGUCUGAUGGAGAGGAACGGGCAGCUGGAGGUGGAGAUCAUUCAGGCUCGAGGACUCAUCAUGAAGCCUGGAUCUAAGGGCCCUCCAGCGGCCUACAUUAAAGUGUACCUUCUGGAAAAUGGCAUCUGCAUUGCCAAAAAGAAGACAAAGUCUGUUCGGAAAUCGCUAGAUCCCCUUUACAAUCAAGUCCUUGUUUUUUCAGAGAGCCCGCAGGGAAAGGUUGUACAGGUCAUUGUUUGGGGAAACUACGGCCGGAUGGAUCGCAAAUGCUUUAUGGGCGUGGCACGCAUCCUAUUGGAGGAGCUGGAUUUGACAAACAUGGUGAUUGGCUGGUACAAGCUUUUCCCCACCUCUUCUAUGGUGGAUCCCACAAUGGCGCCGCUGAUCCGACACUCCUCACAGCUCUCUCUGGAGAGCACCGUGGGGCCGUGCUGUGAACGCUCCUAAGACUAACAACUCAACUAGAUUUAUUUUUCUCUGGAAGGGCUCUCACAGCCCCUGGUUGUGCAUGACUGCAGCACUGGAACCCUCUGGAAUGUUCUAGAAUCUCUUCAGAACAUAAUAGCCUUUCUGGAAUAUUCCAGAAUCGACCACAGAGGGAAUGCUCUUUUUCAGCCUCAGAGAAAAAGACUUCAGGACAGGCAAAGAAUGCAGACCAAACGUCUGGGCUUUAUUUUAGCUUUCAACACAUUAGCUUGUGAUGGUCCGUAUGUCUUUCAGAGGAAAUGUCCUCAAUUUAGAAUUGAUUUCCAGAAAACAGGCCAAUAUUUGUGGGUGCUGCAACGGAUUGAUUCCUAUUAGAUGAAGCGGAUGGGCUUGUGCAAUAUGACAUACGAUAGAAAGAAGAAUGUAUCGGUAAAAAAGUGCGGGUUUGCAUUCGUUAUCUUGCGUAAUUAACAAUACAGGAAUAGAUAUAUGUCUUAAAAAGAUUCAAUAUGUGUAGUUUGACAAGAGUCAAUGAUCUUUUUCUGUUCGUGUCUCUUCUGUUUCGUCUUUCUCAUUACUGAACAGUGCCAAUGUUGCCAGCAAGUGGCUUUAUUUGUGGUUAGUGUCUAUAUUCAGUGACUAGAUGCUUUAUGAAUCAAUAAUCUAGCCAGACACAAAUUUGAAAAGAGAGAUGAUAAUUGUCCACAAUCUUUUCCCGAGGUAACAGUGAUUCCAGAUGAGGAAUGUUGAUGUCACUGUACAUUUUUCCACACUAAUAGUUUAUGGAAAAAAGAAAAUGGAUGCAAGACACUUCAGUAACAUAUGAUUAUAGAGUGCUUAUGGAAUAAAUGUCAGUAAAAUAUAUACUUACAGUUAUAACUGCAGUAGUGGCCAACAGGAUUUUAAUGGCUGAUACCGAUAUCUAGAGAGUGAUAAAAAGUAUAUAUGAUAUAUACAUAUGUAAUAACAAAUGACAAAUAUAUGAAAAAGAAAAUGUAUGCUAUCUAUCAACAAAGUUGUGACACUAUGUGGAAUGACCACUUCUGUAAAUCGGCCAAUUGGACCAAAAAUGGCCAAAUACUGGUCAAAUUAAUCAGCCUGCUCGAUAGAUAUUUAACAGUCUAUCAGUAAUUAUAAAAAGAUCAUUUCAUUUUGCACUUUAUAAUCUUAAAUGUCUUUCUUACAAGCAACCGCUAGUUUGGCAUAAGCCAAAGUUAAUUUUCUUCUUUAUAUCAUUAUAUUAUUUGUGACUUCAGGAUGCAGAAUCUUUAGUAGCAAUGAUAAGGUCGUAGCAUUAGAUAGUAGCAUACGCAUGAAAGGCAUCUUAGUUUGCCACGAUCUAAUGAGAAUUUGCAUGGAAUUGGAUUAUAGAGCGUUUUCGCUGGCAGUCGAGCAAACAUGUAGCAGCGAAUGAUCAAACAAAUACUGUUACACUGCACAGAGAAAUACUCUGUGCCAUCUUUAUUAAUAAAUAAUACUGAUACAAUUUCUAUUCAUCUGAAAUGCUGAAAAGCAAGACAUUUAUACAUGCUAGCACAGAAAACUUAAUGGAAGAAAACAGCAUUCUACAUAGACAAGACUUUUUAUGUCCAGCAUAACAAUAUGACUAUUUGUGAAGGAAAUACAAGAGUUACCACUAGACAAAAGGAUUUUUUAAAAGAUUUAUUCCUCUCUGAGAGUGAUUAUUUCAAUUAACGCUGAAAAACAUACCUCAAACACCCUCAACAUAAUCAUGUUGUUAAGGCCAUAUAAAGCACUGCCACAUUCUUCUCGAAGAAUUAAAUGUUCAUUGUCUUAAAAAGCAAUAACUAAAUCAAUUUUUGCUCACUUUAUUUGUUACAGGGAGUAAAGCCAGACUGUCUCUGCAUUACAUUAGAAACUUCUGCAUCCAUGUAGCAAUAUAGUAGAUACUCAGUUUUAGACGAAGCGCUGAAUGUCUGAGAUCCUCAAGAAUUUAGUGCCAAAAAAGGGUGCAUUUCAAAGAUGUGUUGAUGGGCUAAAAGAAUUGAAUGUUUUGGAAAAGCUUAAAGAAGCAAUGUAGUGAUUAGCACUGUAUAUUAAAGGUACACUAAGUAACUUUUGGCCCUCUAGCAGUUAAAAAAAACAAAACUCCAUGCAAUUUGUGGAAAAACUUUGCUUCGGCUCUGCGUGACUGUGCGGAUGAAUAUGGUUAUCCUACUGUUCGUAAAACAUUCACUACUCAGCUUAAGUAUGGAAGCUUGUUUCUGCUAUGAAAUCAAAAAUAAAAAAUGUAAUGGCGACUUUUUGUCUCACAAUUUUGACUUUUUUCCUCGCAAUUGCGAGUUAUAAAGUCAGAAUUGACAGUUUUAGUCAGA